AUGCUGCCACCGCGCUGCCUCCUCGCGCCCGAGCUGCUCGAGGCAAUCGCCGUCUUCGUCGCGUCGCCGCUCGAGCUCUUUGCACUGCUCGAGGCGCUGCCCCACGACGCGCUCUCGUCGCCGCUUGCGAGCCUCCGCGCGCUCCACGAGGCCACAACCUCGCACGUCUUCACGUAUGCCAAGUACGACGAAGUGUACUUCAAUGGCAUCUCGCUCUGGCCAACGCUCGCGCUGCCCCGUGCGAUCGAAGAUCCAAGCAUCCUUCGCCACAUUGAAGAGGCGCUCGAGCUCUUCCCGGUCUUGAGCCACGAGUCGCUGGCCUUCCCGCUGCCAUUUGCCCUCGGCCAUCGCACCAAGCUGCAUGUGCCCAACGUGUACUUUCCCGCGGUCCUCGACAAGGCGCUGGCGCACCACCGCGACGACAUUGGUUCGAUCGGGCUCUUUAUCACGGACCGGCGGUCGCGCAGCGCGCAUGCCGACGGCGGCCUCGUCCAGCGCUUGGCGUCGUUGUCGGACCUUCCGUCGCUGCGCGACCUCGCAGUGCACAUCCAGUGGCAUGCAUCGAGCAUGACCGACGAGCUCGAAGCCGUCCUUGUUGCGCUCAUGACCGCGCCCGUCACUUCGCUCACCCUCGAUGUGGCGCUUGACGAUACGACAUGGCCACCGGCGCUCCUCACGGCGUUCACGGCUUGGCUCGAGACGCAUGCGCUCUUAAACAGCGUCACGCUCACGCAGCUCACGCUGCCUACCGCCGGCAUUGAGGCAGUGUGCGACGCGCUCUGGGCCUCGCGCUCGCUGCGCGCCGUGGGUCUCCACGAUCCGCGGAUCGUUGCCGCGGUCUCGUUUCUGCGCCGCCCGCUUCCGCCAUCGUGGACGCGCUUAGAUGCAUCGCUGUGCGAAUACGCCGAUGGGAGUGCGCUGGUGGCGUUGCUUGCGAACGCCAGCCUCGCGCACCUCGCACUCUCGUUCGCGGAUGCCCGGUAUGCGAUCGAUGUCGGGCGCGAACUCGUGCUCGAGACGCUGCCGACACUGACUUGUCUUCGGCACUUGAAGCUCACUUCGGUGCCGCUUUUGCCGGACGUGUCGACGGCGCUCGCAGCGAUACUGCCGCGUCUCCGCGGGCUCUGCCUCGAGCAAAACAUGCUUGAAAACGCUGGCGCGAUUGCGCUUUCGGCGCAGCUUCCGCACUGCAAGCGGCUGCAGUCGCUCACGCUGCGACGCCAAAAUUUCUCAAACAACGGCUGCGUUGCGCUUGCAGACGGCACGGCGCGCUGCCCCUCGAUCGAGUGCGUCGAUGUGGCCGACAACCACGUCGGGUUGGCCGGCGCCGUCGCGUGGAGUCGACUGCUUCCGCGAUUGACGCUGCUGGACCUCUCGGGCUGCCAUGUGCCGCGCAAAGGCGCCGAAGCGUUCGCGCGCAUCCUGCCGCACACAACGUACUUGACCAAGCUCGUGCUCGACAACAACCCGAUCCAGCGGCGCGGCGUCCAAGCGAUCGUGAAGGCGGUGGCGUCGACGCCACACCGCAAGGCCGUCGUGCGACUCGCCGAGAUCAUCGACUUUGACGACGAAGCGCUGUGCGUGGCGCCGGUCGCCGGCACGCCGCACGAAGCGUGGCUCGAGUUUUACUAG